CGACAUGACAUGACAUUGAGUAAAGACAAAUGUGGGCAGAGGAGGCUCCCCAACGCCAACCCCGAGGAAGAAGAAGGGCAGCUAGCGCAAGGACAAGGCAGGCGGCAUAAAAAUUGGGAGAGGAGUCAGCCCAAGGCAGUUGCGCUCCUCAAGGCACGCAGCAGGCCAUUUGAAUGUGACAGGGCUCCCCCUUCACUCUUCAAUUCUGCUCGGAAGCUAGCUGCCCCUCACCUCCAGCUCCAGUCCCCGGCGUGCGGCCUUUGAAGAACCAGUGGGCAGAUCAUGCCUUGCGCCACCGAGGUCGUCCAUGGCGAGGGAGGCACGAUCAAAGUUGGUACAACGGGUACCAUCGGCUCACUCAUGACGAGAGAACUGGACACCAUCAAGGUGGCGCCGCAGGCGGCCGCGGGCACCCCUCGCCUGAGGCACCAAGGCCGUCCGGUCUCAGUGCUAUGUGGAGCCACUACUCCUCGGAAGCUCAUGUUGAGGAAAAGCUCAUCGGACAUCUCCAGCAGCAGCAGCAGCAACAACAGAACCGACCGCGUGAGCGCUGAAGAGGCCUGCAAGCCAAGGAGGGUCUCCCGGAGAAACACCUUCGACUCGCCGAUGCUGCGGUCCGACAGCGCCCUCAUGGACAGGACCCCGAAUGCCGGCAAGGCGAAGAAGAAGGGGAGUGUGUACGGUGUCGAGGUGGUGGACAUCAAGUGCGGGAACCCGAUGAGCAGCCGGCUCAGGAAGCUUGGCUUCUCCAAGCUGUCGGAGACGUUUGCCUAGCUUAACUCGGUGGUGUGUUGGCAAGAACAAGGACCAUCACCAGCAUCUGAUUGAAGGAUCUGCAUUCUGCUUGCUGCUGCCCUCUCCCUGAGGCGUCUUUGGCUUUGGAGGACAGACAACAUGUGCCGGAUUUAGUGCAGCAAUCAUCCACCUGACAUUGUCCAUUCGUUCGCCCUUGUAGGCUGCAAUCCAGUUUGCAUUAGUAGUUGUCACUUUUUAUAGCUGCUUUUUUCCUCUGUGGAAACUGCUGUUGCGCUCUAUAUAUGACAAGUUAAUCUAUGAGCCAUCAGGCAUAAGGUCCGUGAUGGAUGAUGUGUUGAUGUAAGGAUGAACAUUGACCUUGGCCUGUUUAAAAUGCCACUGGAUUUACCCAAGUGCUCCAUGUCACGAAUGGGUUAACAAAGUACUGAAGGCUAUUAUCUUA